AUGCACGUGACUACGCGUAAGCCGAAGUGGAUCCGACGAUCGCUUCAACACCUGGACGUCAACAAACAACAAGAGCACUACAGUAGGUGCAUGCUGAGCCGACAAUUGAUCUUAAAUUGGAACAUCCGAGCUGCCCAAGCCGACGGUAUUAUGGGGAUACCCGGCAUACUAAAAGAAAUCGGGAAGGGAGAACGGGUGGCGUUGGCAAAACUCGCUGUAGAACAUUUCGAAAGAUCUCAACGCCCUUAUCGUAUAGCCAUAGAUGCAGCAAUAUGGAACUUCCAGAAUCAAGCAGGCCAAGGUGGGAAGAACCCUGCCCUCAGGACGUUGUUCUAUAAGUUGUUAAAGUUACUUGCACUGCCGAUUCAGCCAGUUUUCGUUUAUGAUGGGAAAAACAAGCCUCUCACCAAGAGGGCUCCAGGCGAGGCAGAAGCAGAAUGUGCUAUGUUGCAGAGGUCUGGAGUCGUUGAUGCGGUAAUGAGUCAAGAUGUUGAUGCUAUCAUGUUUGGUUCAACUGUUACGCUCAGAGAUUGGUCGAAAGAAGCUACGAAACACAAUAAAUCCCCAACUCAUGUCAAUAUUCUCGACCAACGCCGAAUCAAAGAUAUAUCAGGCCUGGACCCGGACGGGAUGAUCUUGGUUGCAUUGCUCAGCGGUGGGGACUAUGACGAGACCGGAAUACCUGGCUUUGGGCCUGGGCUAGCUUGCGAAGCUGCCAGAGCCGGAUUUGGCACGGACCUACUCGACCUGAUACGAAGUCGCGACGUGGCCGGUGUCGCUGAAUGGCGUGAACGGCUUCAAUAUGAGCUAGAGUCGAACGAAAGCGGCCAUUUCAAAACCCGACAUAAGACUGUCAGAAUUCCCGACAGAUUCCCAGACGAGCGAAUAUUGGGUUUCUACAUGACCCCAGCAAUCAGUUCUGAUGACCAAGUGUCAGAAUUGGAGAAGAAAUGGCAGGCGGUUUGGGACAGCAAGAUUGAUAUGAAAGGCCUAAGAGACUAUGCGGCUGAUACCUUCGAAUGGUGUUACAAACCAGGUGCAUGGAAAUUUGUGCGAGUCACGGCUCCCGCGCUAUUGGCCAACCUUCUAAGACGUGGCCUGAGAAAUCAUAUCACCUCAGCAGAGCAGAUCACCGAACGGCGGAGACAUUUCAUAAGUGAUGGAAUUCCAGAGCUUAGGGUGACUGUAAUUCCAGCUGAUGUUGUUGGGCUCGAUCUUGAUGCAGAGGAGGACAGUCCAGAAUACUUGGCGAGCCUUGCUGAUGAGGAUGACGAGGGGGUCAGUGCAGAAGCGAGAGAUGCGUUGGAGAAAGAUAACAUUCCUCCUGGCCUAGCCAAACCACGCAACGUUUCUCCCUGGCUGCCACACAAUCCCGAAAAGAUGUGGAUCGCUGAGGCCAUUGUAACAGCCGGUGCGCGACACAGCGUUGAGGAGUGGAACCGAAGUCAAAUGGAGCUCGAAGCUCGCCCAAAGAAAGUUCCGACUCGUAGAUCUCGAAGGCAAAAUGACCCUCCCCAUGAAAAGCUGGCUGGUGGUAUGCCCUCAGGAUCCAUAGUGCAUUAUAUGGCUGCAUCAAGGGAGCCUGAUAGAGAGUCUCGCCAAGCCACAGAGGCAUCUGGGUCGACAACAGCAAGAACUAUACGCACAAGGAAAGCACCACCAGCACCCAGGACCCCAACAAAGGCGAGGAGACAGCGACAAGUAUUUGACUCGUCGCCCAAAAUGAAGGAUUAUUUCAACAGUAACAAGCUUGGUGGUCAGCAUGAGAGGGAGCAAGCGAUGUCGAAGACUGUUGAAAAGCUUUCCCAGGAGUUGGAGGACAAGUUCAGUAUCAACGAAGUGAGGGACAAUUUGGAUGGAAAGCACUCUAGACCUUCCACUUCCAUCUCAAGUUCGUCAGGAGAUUCUCAAGCUGUACUGGGGAAACCCAUCAAAAAUCUGCAGAGAGGGCGGGUCAAUCGCUCAUCCUUUACAUCACACAAUGCCGCCGAAGCUCCAGGAAACCCAGGAACCCAGGGACUGGAAAAAGCGAAGGAUAUCCACAAAGGACAGGUUCCAGACGAUGCUAUCAUUAUUGGCUCAUCACCUGUUCAGAAGCCAUCCACUCCUCUCAAAAAGUCAGAUGUUAAAGUCCCUCCGCAUGACUCCGGGACUAUCGACAAUAUCACGCCAAGAGGCCGCUGUCGGACUAAGCGUUUGGCCAGGGGGCCCAAAGCCGAUAGCACGUUGGCGAUGGGACGAAGCCCCCAACGCGCUCGGCGACCGAUUGAUCAAUUCUUCGCCCCUUACAUCGCAGCUGCACAGCAGAAAAUUUCUUCUUCGGAGUACCAUCACAGGCAUUGCGACAUCAUUUUCUUCUUCGCAUACUUAUGCAAUCCCACGGUCAAGCUUGCCAGGGACUUGGCAAGAAAUGGAGUGUGGGUCUGCUGUGUCAUCUCGGGCUGCAGCAACAGCGUCUAUAUCAAAUUCCCGGCUGAGUAUAGUCGAUUUGACAGGAAGCUGAAUGCUCAUGGGAGCUUGACUUUCCAGAAGUCUUUAUUCUCAAAGAAACUUCUACUUCGAGUGAUCUCGACAGCAGCCGCUUCAAUGGUGGCGAUUGCACUGGGCUUCUCGACGCGAACCUUGGCCAUAGUGUGGCCAUAG